CGAAGCCCUUCUUGCUUUUCCGCCCUCUCCAGCACCGAAGGAGGCCGGCUGGUGGAAUCCGCCUGCGCGCAGGGCCCCAAACCCAAAAGCGAGGGACUUUUCCAACUCGCCCUCCCGCAGUCCGGAUCCUCUUUCGGGACCCCUGCGGGGGGGGGGCGGAGGCGGCGGCUUUCGCGCGAGGCAAGGGCGACUUCUCGCAAGAGCGAAAAGCGCGCGAGUUUCCUUUGGGCGGAACUGGGCGGUCGCUCCUCGUGUGCCGCCGGAUCCGGAGCGUGAGUGGCGGAGAGUGGAAGGGCGCGCGGGUAGCCAUGCCGUCCGAGAGCAGCAGCAGCAGCAGCGACCGAAGUGCAGAGUCUCCGAUGGCCGAUCUGGGCGAAGCCGGAGCAGAGGAUGCAACGCCGGUGAUCACCCCGGCCAUGCAGCAGGAGGAGGAGCGCUUGGAGGCGGAGGGCAGAGAGAAGGAGCGGCAGAGGAUGGAGAAGGCUUACAUGAAUCGGGACAGAGACUCAAAUGAAAUGCGUUACAAGAGACUUCAACACUUGCUUGAAAAAAGCAACAUCUACUCAAAGUUCUUGCUGACUAAAAUGGAACAGCAGCAAUUGGAGGAGCAACAGAAGAAAGAAAAACUUGAAAGGAAAGGAACAUUGAAUACUGCAAAGAAUGAAAAACUAAAUGAUCAGAAAGAUCAGAAAAUCGUUAAAAAGAAGAGAGUUCGAGAAGACAGAACAUACAAUAUUUCUGAUGUAAUUUCAAAAGAGGAAAUUUUGUUAGCAGCCAAAAAAAGCAGAAUUGAAAACAAUGAGCUUGAAAGCAAUCCACCCAAACUGUGUGCAGAAGAAAUCCAGACUAAUGGGGAUUCAAACAGCAUCAUUAAGGAUAGAUUGGCACAAGUGAUGCGACACAGUGCCAAGCAUUUUGUUGAUCCAAAACGAAAGUUUAAAGGACAGCCAGUACCUUUCCAGCAACCAAAACUUUUCACUGGAGGAGUGAUGAGGUGGUAUCAAGUUGAAGGCAUGGAAUGGCUUAGGAUGCUCUGGGAAAAUGGCAUCAAUGGUAUUUUGGCUGAUGAAAUGGGCUUAGGGAAGACUAUCCAGUGUAUUGCAACAAUUGCCUUGAUGGUGGAGAGAGGAGUUGCUGGACCAUUUCUGAUAUGUGCGCCCCUAUCCACACUUCCUAACUGGAUUGCUGAAUUCAAAAGGUUUACACCAGAGAUUCCUAUAAUGCUGUACCAUGGAACCCAGCAAGAACGACGUGGACUCAUUCAUAAAAUGCGAAGAAAAGAAGGUUCAAUGAAUAUCCAUCCCAUUGUUAUUACGUCUUUUGAAAUUGCAAUGAGAGAUAGACAUUCUCUUCAGAAUUUCUACUGGAAAUAUUUGAUUGUGGAUGAAGGACAUAGGAUUAAGAAUAUGAACUGUCGCCUCAUUCAGGAAUUAAAACGGUUUAGCACUGAUAAUAAACUACUGUUAACUGGAACCCCACUACAAAACAAUUUAUCUGAGCUUUGGUCCCUCCUUAAUUUCCUGCUUCCAGAUGUGUUCGAUGACUUGAAAAGUUUUGAAUCCUGGUUUGACAUUACCAGCAUUUCUGAAAUUGCUGAAGAUAUUGUUGCUAAGGAAAGAGAACAGAAUAUCUUGCACAUGUUGCACCAGAUUUUGACUCCUUUCCUACUGAGAAGACUGAAAUCAGAUGUAGCUGUAGAAGUUCCUCCCAAGCGUGAGGUUGUGGUCUAUGCACCUCUUGUUAAGAAACAAGAAAUUUUCUACAGUGCCAUUAUAAACAAGACAAUUCAGAAGCUUUUGGGAAACAACCAGGAAGAAGUUGUGGAGCUGAGUUCUACAGGCCGACCAAAGCGACGCAGUCGGAAAGUAGUUAAUUAUCGUGAGCUCAGGGAAAAUGAAUUUCCUGACGCGCUGGAAGAACUAAUCAGUAAAACACAAGAAGAAGCUGAAAAAGAGAGGCCAGUGAUUGCAAUGGAUAUGCCUUUGGAUUCAGAAAUCAACCUUAAGUUGCAGAACAUUAUGAUGCUGCUGAGGAAGUGUUGCAACCAUCCAUAUCUUAUUGAGUAUCCCCUGGACUCUGUCACACAGCAAUUUAAGGUGGACGAGGAUCUAGUAAAGAAUUCUGGAAAAACAUUACUCUUGGAUCGCAUGUUACCAGAACUAAAAAAGCGAGGACACAAGGUGGUGCUGUUUUCACAAAUGACCCGAAUGUUGGACAUUUUGAUGGACUACUGCUAUCUGAGAGAUUACCAGUUUAGUCGUCUGGAUGGAAGCAUGUCUUAUGCAGACAGAGAAGAAAAUAUGAAGAAUUUUAAUACAGACCCUGAAGUUUUUAUAUUUCUGGUGAGCACACGUGCUGGAGGUCUUGGCAUUAAUCUGACUGCAGCGGAUACAGUCAUAAUUUAUGACAGUGACUGGAACCCUCAGUCUGACCUUCAAGCACAAGACCGAUGUCACAGAAUUGGUCAGACAAAGCCGGUGGUUGUAUAUCGUUUUGUAACCGUAAAUACUAUUGACCAGAAGAUUGUGGAAAGGGCUGCUGCCAAAAGGAAAUUAGAGAAGCUGAUUAUCCACAAAAAUCAGUUCAAAGGUGGUAAAUUUGGAAUAAACCAGUCAAAGAGCUGCUUGGAUCCCAAAGAGUUAAUAGAAUUGCUGCAGUCCAGGGAUUAUGACAGAGAAAUUAAAGGUUCAAGAGAAAAAGUAAUAACUGACAAAGAUUUAGAGCUACUACUGGACAGAAGUGACCUUAUCGAUCAGAUGAAAACGUCUGAGAGACUGAAAGAAAAAAUGGGCAAGUUUAUGAUACUAGAGAACACUGAUGAUCCUAGCCUGUAACUUGUAUUUCAGAAUUUGGGCACCUAAAUAACAUUUCUGUCCCUUUGUAAUCUGAACCUGGAUACUCUUUAUAACAGUUACCUUGUUGUUGGUCUCUGUUUCAAAAAGCAUUAUUGUCAAAAGCUCUGAAAUGUUAGUUGCUACAUUUUUGUAUAUGAAAAGUGGAUCUUGUGGCCUCUUGUUGAUAUCUGAGAAAUUUUAGAUUCUAUUUUUGUCUUGAGUAGUUGGUAACUGACUAAUCUGUACACAUUGCUGCAGAAUUUCGGCUAAAGGAAUUUUACUUUGAAUUUUUUACCUCUCGCUUUUAGUAUGUUUUAUGAACAGAAUAUAUUCAGAGUAUUUGUUUACAAGCCUUGAUUGUACUACUUCAGUUUGUUUUGACAUUACAAAAUAAAUGCUAUUUUGCUUGAAA